AUAGAUCGUUUCUAAACCCUCGCUCUCGUUCUUCGACCACUCUCGAGCUCGAUCCCUGCCGAGCGAUCUCCUCACGCAGAGCUGCAUCAAUGGGUGAUAGCCAGUACUCCUUCUCCCUCACCACUUUCAGCCCUUCGGGGAAGCUUGUACAGAUCGAGCACGCUCUAAUGGCUGUUGGAUCCGGCCAAACGUCACUCGGAAUCAAAGCUGCAAAUGGAGUUGUUAUUGCAACUGAGAAGAAAUUGCCCUCUAUCUUAGUGGAUGAGACAUCCGUGCAAAAGAUUCAGCUGAUGACAACGAACAUUGGUGUUGUUUACAGUGGAAUGGGUCCAGAUUCUCGAGUUCUCGUAAGGAAAAGCAGAAAACAAGCACAACAGUAUUACCGUCUGUAUAAGGAGACUAUUCCUGUAACACAACUUGUAAGAGAAACUGCAACUGUUAUGCAAGAGUUCACUCAAUCUGGUGGUGUGAGGCCAUUUGGAGUUUCCCUACUUGUUGCUGGCUAUGAUGAUAAUGGUCCACAACUUUAUCAGGUUGACCCAUCAGGUUCAUACUUCUCAUGGAAAGCAUCUGCUAUGGGGAAGAAUGUUUCUAAUGCAAAGACUUUCCUUGAGAAGAGGUACACUGAUGAUAUGGAACUUGAUGAUGCUGUUCACACUGCCAUUUUGACUUUGAAAGAAGGGUUUGAGGGCCAAAUUUCAGGCAAGAACAUUGAGAUUGGCAUAAUUGGUGCUGACAGAAAAUUUAGGGUACUGACACCGGCUGAAAUUGAUGACUACCUAGCCGAAGUGGAGUGAUGCCCUUAUAACAUUUUAUGAUUUCAUUCUUCUUUUGCUCCGCAAGUGAUUUUGCAACUGUUUUCGGUUGGCAUGAUAUCUAGUUAUCUGGAAGUUCAUUGCCUGUAAUGGCUGGCUCUUCAAUUCAUCACAACUAGCAUUUGAGCCUCACUGUUUAACUUUUAAGUACAAUGAAACUAACAGUGCUAUCAUCUUUAUUU